AUGUUUUUGAAUACGUUAAAGCAACAGCAGAGAGAUUCUAAUAACUCUCUGCUUGAAAAGAAGCCAAACAGUAAAGAAAAGCCUCUAUCGAUUCAACAGAAGAAGAGAAAAUUUAAAAGUGGACACUUGCAUCGACUUGAACACGUGGUCCUCGGCAAUGAGGACUUUGUAAUCGAAAGUCUCAAGCAUAAAGAAUUGGACAAUAAAGAAGAUAAAAAAGUUGAAGAUUCAUCGGCAAAAUCCGUGGAAAGUGACGAGGAGGAAUCAGAUGAUGAAGAACCAGAGAGAAAAAAGCCUGUUUGGAAUGACGACGAUGAUGAUGGUGAAUAUGACAACAAAAUAUAUGCAGUUCGACAAACCUCUCAGUUCGCUUCCGAAACACCGAAAUGGGCCCAGCUUAACUGUGGGAAAAAUAUUAAAAAAAGAAAUCGAAAGAAACCACGUUUCUUAGAUGAUGAUGAUGAUGAUGACGACGACGAAGACGAAAUAGGAUUGUCUCACUCCACGGGGAACUACCUGACCUCUUCAUCUACAUUGACUAGCAUCAAUCUUCAAAUUAAGAAGUGCUCGGACCUAAACAAAGAAUAUGCAAGUAAUGAUCUGAGCGCUUUGGAAUUUCACAGAAAAUCCACCGUUGCUUUGACAGCCGGUAGCGACUUUCGUUUUCAUUUAUUUCAAAUUGACGGUGAACAUAACAGAAAAAUUCACUCAGUUGUUUUGGAAAGGUUUGCUAUCUCGUUCUUUCUCGUUGAGUGUCCAUAUUGGACGGAAGUUUCAAAAAUGGGUGGUUACAAAUUUAUGCAAGAAAUCUACCGUAAAAAGCAGAGUGAUGUUAUGCGAUUUCUUCUUCGCAUUCGCUGCUGGCAGUACAGGCAGUUGAAUGUGCUUCACCGUGCACCCAGGCCAUCAAGACCAGACAAAGCUAGGCGUCUGGGAUAUAAAGCUAAGCAAGGUUAUAUUGUGUACAGAAUUCGUAUUCGUCGUGGUGGUCGCAAGAGACCUGUUCCCAAGGGUGCCACUUAUGGUAAACCCAAGACUCAUGGUGUUAACCAACUCAAGUUUGCCAGAUCUUUGAGAGCUGUGGCCGAGGACAAAGUUGGUCGUCGCUGCAAAUCCUUGAGAGUGCUCAAUUCCUACUGGGUUGCUGAAGACUCUACUUUCAAGUUUUUUGAAGUCAUUCUGGUUGACCCUUUCCACAAAGCCAUUCGCCGUGAUCCCAAGAUCAACUGGAUUUGCAAUCCUGUGCACAAACACAGAGAGAUGAGAGGUUUGACUGCUGCUGGCCGUAGCUCUCGUGGCUUGGGCAAAGGUCAUGGCUACCACAAGACCAUUGGUGGUUCACGUCAUGCCUCCUGGAAACGCAGGCAAAUCCUUUCUCUGCGUAGAAAGCGAUAA